GGCGGCGGCGGCGGCGGCAACGACUUCCACGNCGGCGGCAACGACUUCCACGAGCGAGAGCUACGUCGUCGCAAGCUGUUGGAGCUCGGGCUCGGCGCAGCGCGGCGCCGACCGCCACGGCGUACCUGCCGUCAGCGGCUUAAUUUCUACGCCACGUCAGCGCUGGCCUUCGUCGCGACUUCCGGCGGCGCGGCGCUCCUCUUCCUGAUGCCGCUCUACGUCGACCCGGCCAUCAGCACCCUGGCGGCGGACUUCUCGCCGGAUCCGGUCAUUUGCACCACCAGCCGGCGCGAGGAGCUCACCGGCCUUUUGAACUGCACAUGGAGCUCGUGCCGCGAGGGAUGCACCAGUGACGUGUACAGGUGCACCCACAUAUACGUCACGUACACGCCGUGGAGCAAGGGCAGGAACACGAGGAACGAGACUGCCACCGGCAAGAAUGCCACUGCGAACGCCGCCACGGCCGCUCCGGGCGCUGUCACUACCGUGUCCUCCCCGGGGGACGUCGAGGCGGCGCUCCUAGUGAACAUCAAGGGCUGCGGAUAUCCGCCGACGGUCAAUUGUGAGAACUUCACCCGCGAGAUGGGUUACGAGGGCGCGAAGUUUCCCUGCUAUUACAGCCGGGUGAACGGUAGCAUAGUGAUGGCGAACUAUAAUCGCGAGGCACAGGUCGCAAUCAUCAUGCACUUAUUCGCGGCUCCUUUCGUAGUGACUCUCGCGACCAGCGUCGCGCUGUGUGUGAUGCACUGUGACUGCAGGUGCACGCCGCCACCGCGACAUCCGCCACGUGGCAUGAGAAGAUCCAGGGGCAACAAUCUCAGCUGCUGCAUGAGUAUAAAAAAUCGAUAACGGGUUAGAAGCGUGCCAGAAGUCGUCCGAUUUAGAAGGUGUAUUUGAUGCAGCAAAUAAACUUUCUAAACCAUACUUAAGAGACGAAGCGACUUAACAAAGAGAUGUGUUACUACCAGCGUACUUACACUGUCGUCGUGAAACAAUGCUAAACACUUUCGGCUGCGAAUACUGCCUUAGAAGAAGAGAGAGCGAAUCGCAGAAACGGAAAUCGGAUAUCGAUUCAUCAUACAUAAUCUCCGCUAAUUAGCUCCAAAAGGCGCACCACGUCUCAUUAACGAAACGAGUGCGCGUCGCCGAAAGCCGUGACUGCGGCCUCCGUGCAACGCAAUGUGAACACGUAAAAAGAGAUCUCUCUCUAGUUAUCGAUCGGACGCCGUAAGUAAUUCCGUGCACUCGGAAUAAUCGACAGACAGCUCGCACGGACGUUGAUGCGACGUUGCGUGAACACGCAUAGCAGAGCAGCCACGCGUCACUCGCGUAAUCCACACCGUCUCUCUCACUCUUCUUUCUUUCUCUUCAUUUCUCCUCUCUCGAUCGCGACUCGUUGAGCGAAACAGUGACAAAAGUCGUACUCUUUCAUCAAACUCUCGGCAAACAUUGUCUUUUCGUUAAAGUAUCCGGAAGAAAAACCAGCCAAUGUACAUAUCGCGCAACAUAUUGUAGCUGCCUCUACGGUUCCGAGGAAGAGUGCUCCAAAUUUUAUGGUCGUGUGAAAGUUCCGUUGAAUGUAGUGCCGCCCGAGGCAUACGAGACUCGUCAUUACCGACUUAUGCCACUAUUCCGCGCAACCGUAAACGCAUGUCGCUCACACAUCAACGUUGCACAUCAACGAGACGAAGUGUCGAAAUGCGGCGGAGCCGUACGUCGAGGAGUUACCGUAAAAUAAUGGCCGCGCGGCCAGAGAACAGAGAAAGAAUGAUGUGUGUCUGUACUUUCUUAUUUCUACACAUCUCUCACAUGCCCGAACCGUAAUACAUCGCAAUACGCGUCCAAGAGUCGUCGUAAACGGAUUUAUCGAGUAUUUCGCGCGUGGCGGCUUUACGACGGUAAAAUAUUAAACCACGUCCGGCCGACAGAUGGAACGAAGGGGCGAACGUGCCGAUCGGACUCCACAAGGUGUCCCGGCUGCUUCCGCAGACUUUUUUAAGUACCCCGAUGAUCCGAUGUAUCGCGCGCCUUCCUCGUCCCCUCCGGGCUGUUCUCAUUAUCUCUCUACUUUCCGACGCUUGUCAUUUCCACGAUGAUGGUGUUAGAAGACGGAGGAGCAGGAGUGGCGAGGGUGACAGUCGGCAAAUGGCAGCCUCAGCCUCUGUCAUACAUCAGACUUGGAUUAACCAGCGACCCCGCUUCUCCCUCUCUUUAUAUUUCUCUCUCACUUUCUCCGUCCCAUUUCUCCCUCGUUUCUCUCGUCUCUUCUUCUCCGCUUCUUUCCAUGAAGCAGUUCGCUGCGAAAAUGUGUCGCGUGUGCAUUUCCACCGACAGGAUGGUAUUUCCGCGGUCGGAACUUACCGUUUUUAUCUCCCUGGGCCACGAGCUGCCGCACAAAUCGUUGUAAUAUCCGUAAUAAUGUAAUCAUGUUUGCUGUCCGGACUAGUCCGGGGAUUAUCUCGGUAAUAGCAUGCUAUCCGAACGAAACUGUCGUAUCGGUUCUCGCGGGCUCGCGUUCGCCCGCUCUGAUAACGACGACCUUCCGCUGAAAUUGUCGCCGUCGACACUCGUUUCUAAGUAGUGCACAAGUAAGAAUAAGAUCUCGUUAUGAGAAAUUUAUAUAAAAGUUAUAUGAAGAUAGAGAAAAUAUACACACACACACACACACAUAUAUACAUA